GUACUUUUUACUGCAUAAGCUAGCAACCUCUUGAAAACAACACUAAAGUGAAGUAAACUCCAAUCUUAAAGAAUAUUUUACUUCCACAAGUUGCAAAAUAAACUCUUAAUACAUAUAAUUCCCCCACAUUCAAAAUUUGCUAAUAAACACUUUAUCAUAUAAAUUAAAUUUAAAAAAAAAAACAAAAGAAAAAAAAAACGAUGAGAAUCAACAAACAGAGCAUUACCCCCUUGUCCUUCCUAACAUUUUUCUCGACCCUCGCCGCACUCGGCUUCGCCGGCGACGGCGACAGCAUCCACGACUUCUGCCCGACGGACGCCGCCCAACAACAAAAGAUCUUCAUCAACGGCCUCCCAUGCAAGAAUCCGGUAAACGUAACAUCCUCCGACUUCAAAUCCUCGCUGCUGAGUGAGUCCGGCGACACCGACAACUUCUACCGCUCGUCCACCACGAUCGCCACGGCAGCGGAGUUCCCGGGGCUGAACGCGCUCGGCCUGUCGGCAUCCCGGACCGACAUGGAGGCCGACGGCAACGUGGCGCCGCACGCGCACCCGAGGGCGAGUGAGAUAAUCUUCGUCCGGAGCGGCGUGGUGGUUGCCGGAUUCGUGGACUCGAAUAACCGGGUGUUCCAGAAGCGGAUGGGGGAAGGCGAUGUGUUCGUGUUUCCGAAGGGGCUUCUGCAUUACUGCUUUAACGGCGGAUUUGAGGGUGCCACAUUUUACUCGGUGAUGAAUAGCCAGAAUCCGGGGCUUGUCCGGAUUUCCGGUGCUAUGUUUGCGGGCGGUGGCGGUGGCGGUUUAGGGGUGGUGGAGAAAUUGAAGUCUCUUUCAAGAAGAGAUUUGGAUGGGGUUAAUGUUGUGGAAUUGUUUGGGGAGUAGGGUGGUGGAGAAUGUUCAUUGUGUUUGUAUGUGUGUGCAUAGUGUGUAUUUGU